AAAUCCCUUUUGGCUCUGAUCAAGGCUAAUGGUGAUGUUUCUCCUGGUUCUCCAUUUUAGCUUUUUCUGGACAAGCAAACGCAUAAAGUCUGUUAAAGGUUUGGAUGUUUAUGGUCACAAUGAAGAAGAUGAAGAAAGAAGAAAGAUGAAAGCCUUCAUCUUCUUUCUUCUCCUGGGAUUUGAGGGGGCAGCAGCAGUGACCCACUCGCUGAAGUAUUUCUACACUGCGUCCUCUCAAGUCCCAAACUUCCCAGAGUUUGUGGCUGUUGGGAUGGUUGAUGAUGUUCAGAUUGAUUAUUAUGACAGCGACACGGAGAAAGAUGAGCCCAAACAGGACUGGUUUGCCAGGAACACAGAUCAGCAGUACUGGGAGAGUCAGACUGCAAAAAGGAUGGGUGACCAGCAGAGGUUCAAAGCCAACAUUGAGACUUUAAAGCAGCGCUUCAACCAAACUGGAGGUGUUCACAUUUACCAGGUGAUGUGCGGCUGUGAAUGGGAUGAAGAAACAGGUGAAGUGAAUGGAUAUCACCAAGAAGGUUAUGAUGGAGAGGACUUCAUAAGCUUUGACCUGAAGACAGAGACAUGGGUCGCUCCAAAACAACAGGCUGUCAUGACACAGAUGAAGUGGGGAAAUAACAGAGCUAUGAUGGCUCUGUAUAAGUACUACCUCACCCAGAUUUGUCCUGAGUCACUGAAGAAGUAUGUGAACUAUGGGAGGAGCUCUCUGAUGAAAACAGUUGUCCCCAAAGUGUCUCUCCUCCAGAAGUCUUCCUCCUCUCCAGUCAGCUGCCACGCUACAGGUUUCUAUCCUGACAGAGCCGAGAUGUUCUGGAAAAAAGAUGGAGUGGAGCUUCAUGAGGGUGUGAACAAAGGAGAGAUUCUCACCAACAAUGACGGGACCUUCCAGAUGAGUGUUGACCUGGAUGUCUCAUCAGUGAAAUCUGAAGACUGGCACAGCUACAGAUGUGUGUUUCAGCUCUCUGGUGUGAACGAGGACAUCGCCACCAAACUGGACAAAUCAGACAUCAAGAUAAAUGAAGGAAAUUCCUUCUCCCUGAUCAUCCCUGUUGUUGUUGCUGUUGUUGUUGUUGUUGCUGCCAUCGCUGUGAUCACAUUCUUUAUUUACAAAAAGAGGACAGGCAAACGUCCCCCAUCUCCUGCAGAGAACCGUGAAGUCAAGGAGCAAAUGCUUCCUCAAGACCGAAACCACAAACAGCUCUGCACACAAGAACCUGAGAGAAGACGUGUCGUUCUUCUCCAUAAACUGGAAUUCAUUGAAUUCGUUGAUUCGUUGAUUGUUCACAGACUUUAGAUCUGUUAAAAAGAUCUAAAGUCUAAAAUAUAGUUGCAGAUGCUUAUUUGUCAAGAUUUAAUGGAAAGGAGUUUGAAAAUGAGUUGGCAAAUGUUUAACAUAUACAUCAUAAUGGUGGCAUUAAAUUAUUCUGAAGAUCUAACAAAGAUGUGACCACCUGGAGAGACGUAAAACACAAUAAAAACAAUAUGAAACAAUGAAAGCAUCACAGCAGUCUCAAUACAGUCAUAAUUAAACCUUUGUAUGUUCAUCUUCACUCAAACAUAUAUUAGUUUAGUGUUUCUGGUUUUCUUGUAAAUUAUUGAAUCACUCAUGAAUGCUGAGAUUCCCUCACUCUCAGUGAUAAAGGAAUCAUAAUAAUAUAUUUCUAAAUCUUGUAC